AUGAUCCUCCUACGUUUAUUAUUAAUAAUUUAUUUAACAAAUGCAACAUUUCUUUUUUUUGAACAUGAUUCAUAUGAAUUUUCUAUUUCGGAAUCAGCACCAAUUACUACAAAGAUUGGUUUUAUUAAAGCCACAUCAUCAUCAUCAAUAUUAAUACACUAUGAACUUCAUGGUGAUAUAUAUAAAACAUUUUAUCUUAAUUCUUCAACUGGUGAAUUAAUUCUAUUAAAUAUGCUUGAUUAUGAAACAAUAACAAUACAUAAAUUAACUAUUGAAGCACAUUCAUCAUCAUCAUCAUCAACAAUAGCACCUUGUUUUAGUGAAAUAAUAAUACAUGUUUUAAAUAUAAAUGAUAAUUUACCUGAUAUAAAUUUAAUAUUUUAUCCAUCAGUUUUAUUUCAAUCAAAUAUAAUUAAAUAUGAUUUAAAUACAUAUUCAACACCAUUAGCAACAAUAAAUAUAAAAGAUCUUGAUGAAUCAACAAAAAAUUUAAGUUUAUUUAUAAAUGAUACUAAACAUUUUCAAAUACAAUUUGUACGUCAAAUUAAAAAUGGUUUAAUAACUGAAUCAAUAUAUAUAUUAUCAACAAAAAAUAAUUCACAAUUAAUUGAAUAUGAUUAUUAUUAUUUAUCAUUAAAUUCAUGUGACAAUGAUCAACCAUCAUUAUGGACAAAUCGUUCAUAUGAAUUUCAAAUGAAACCAAAUGAAGAAUAUUUAUGUCAAUUUUCAUUUAAUAAAAAUAAUAAUAAUUAUAUUCUUGAUAUAAAAGAAAAUUUAUCUAAUCGAACAUUAAUAUUAGAAAAAAUAACAAAUAAAUUUUGUUAUAAUGUAUCCUAUUCAAUAGAUGAUACAAAAAAUUUUUAUAUUAAUACAAAAACAGGUUCUUUAUAUACAGCAACAAUAUUUAAUCGUGAAAAACAAAGUAUUUAUAUAUUAAAUUAUAAAGUAAUUGAUCAAUAUAAAAAAGAAUUUAAUACAACUAUAAUUAUACGAAUAUUAAAUGAAUAUGGUCAUAUACCAUUUUUAAGAAAAAAAAAUUUUCAAAUAAAUCAAAAUGAAUUUUUUUCAAUAGAUUUAUUUAAUUCAACAUAUUGUCGUUAUCAAACACGAAUUUAUAAUUAUUUUCAACUUUUAACUAAUUGUACACUUAUAAAAUUAUCAUUACCUGUUAAAGGAAAAUAUUUAUUUCAUAUUCAACUUAAUAAUAAAAAUAAUUAUGAAGAUACAUUUCAACUUGAAAUAACAUCACAAUCAAAUCAAACAUUUUUAUUAUUAUUUAUACGAUCACAAUGGAUAAUUAUAAUACCAAUUUUUUUAGGUAUUUUUCUAAUUUUUAUUACAAUUAUUUGUGCUAUGAUAAUUAUUAGAAAACGUAAAUACAAUCAAAUUUGUCAUGAUAAACAGAAAUCAUCAUCUUCAUCCAGUAAUGAAGAAAAUGUUCAUGAUAAAUAUGAUGCAAUUUCAACUGUAUCUAAAUUAAAAGUACAUGAUGAUCAUGAAUUAUCAUUGUCACCAACACGUACAGCAAUAUAUUUAAUACAAAAGUCAUCAUCAUCACCAUUUUCAUCAUCAAGUCCAAUACGUGAUGAUGAAGGUUAUUCGGGUAGUUCUGAUGUAUCAGAAAAUCAUUUACCUGUUGAAACUUCAAUUCUUACUACUAAUCAACUACUCGAACAGUAUCGUAUAUAUGAAUUUCGAACUCGACAAUCAAUGUCAUCAUCAUCAUAUGAUGUACCUAAACGAAUGAAUAUGUCGUGUAUAUCACAAGAUGUAUCACUUGUAUAA